GAUGUCGGAUCUAGACUCUAACAUGACAAAAUAAAUAGGUAUGCUAUCAACAUAACUAAUAUUGGUCGAGAACGCUCACCCCUCCCGAACUUCGCCAAGAACUGUGACGUAAGCCGUUCUCACCAGCAGAAAUAAUAAUAAUAAUAAUAAUAAAUAUAAUAAUAAUGGUAUAUAAUAUCGGAGAACGGAUGACGUAGUUUUUGUGGUGGGAGAACACACAGUUGUGUAUCACGAAGUUGAUAGCAUACCUAUUACCUAUUUAUUUUGUCAUGAUGGACUCUACAUUAUUAUAGACUCUAGACUACAGUAUUAUACAUUUUUGGCGUCUGUAAUUUGUUACCUAGUUCUUGUUAAAUCGUACUUGCUAGUUCUUACUUGUUUGAAAGGUUUUUAGAUUUUAAUUGAAUACAUACUACAUACUCUACAGCACAGGCCACAGAUGUGGUUUGUAUGUAGUUGAAUUUAAAAAAAAAAUGUUUGUGCGUCAUUACGUGUUCAUGAUCACACAUCGAUUGCUAGUAAUAUUUUCUCACGUGUUAUAGAAAACGUGGACGAUUCAUCGUUUUAUCGUUGAUCAUUUUUAAAUGUUUUGAGUGAUUAUUUUGAGUUUUCGGUCACUCUGCUAUACGUAUGGAACGGGCGGCUACGUCGUCGGACAACGAGAAAAUGUUCAAACUACCAAGCCUAUUGAAGACGGCGUACUACGCUUGCAACGAGAUCGAGCGUAACAAGUACGACUUGUUGGAAACACCGGACAUCGAUAUGCGAUAUUGUUGCGAGUUGCUGUUCGAAGUAUUAAAAAUCGAGGCAACGAUUGGCAACGAUAGGCACACCAUGUUCAGCCGGGCGCAGUCCGCCAACAAUGACAAGAAGAUUAAAAACAUAAUAUGCGAGGAGGCAGCGUUGCACGGACACAUCGAUUGCCUGAAACUCGCUCACGAGAUCGGUGUGCCAUGGGACGAGUCGACGUGUUGCAACGCCGCGUUGAUCGGUCGUAUGGACUGCCUGGUCUACGCACGGGAAAAUGGUUGCCCGUGGGACGAGUCAACGUGUAGCAACGCCGCGUCGGGUGGACAUUUCGAUUGUUUGUUAUAUGCCCGGGAGAAUGGGUGCCCGUGGGACCAGAGGACAUGCCGCCUCGCUGCAUUGAACGGUCAUAUGGACAUCCUAGUAUACGCUCGGGAAAACGGGUGCCCAUGGGACGUACACACGUGCAGCAGCGCUGCGUUGAAUGGUCACAUAGAGUGCAUGACUUACGCACGGGAAAACGGGUGUCCUUGGGACGAGUGGACGUGCACUAAUGCUGCGUUUAACGGUCACUUGCACUGCCUAGUUUACGCACGAAAAAAUGGGUGCCCUUGGGACAAGUGGACGUGCAGCAGGGCAGCGUUGAACGGCCACAAGGAUUGUUUGGUGUAUGCGCGGGAAAAUGGUUGCCCUUCGGACAAGUGGACGUGCAGGAAUGCUGCGGCGCGCGGUAACUUGGGCUGCCUGAUCUACGCUCGUGAAAACGGGUGCCCGUGGGACGCAGGUACGUGUAGUGCCGCAGCGGCCGGUGGACACUUUGAAUGUCUGGUGUAUGCCCAUGUAGCAGGGUGCGAGUGGAACAGUGAAACUUUCAUCAAUGCUUCGGUGUUCAACCAUACAAAAUGCCUUAAAUACGCCCGUGUAAAUGGAUGCCCCCAGGGCGAUUCCCGAGGCGGUUCCUCUACCUACACUAAGCGUCGCCGAAGUUCAUGGCCCAACCUCUUUUUUGAAAAAUUUAAACGAUACAGUGCCACAACUAUCAGAAGAGUUAGAUCCACAAUUCUCAGGAGACCCCGAUUUCGGAGGGCCCCUAGAUUUCGUAUAAGAUAUUUCAACUAUAAUCUGUAAUAUAUUAUUUGUUUUAAUACAAUAACAAUAAAUGGUACUUAUCGGUUAUCGCAACUACCAUAACUGUUCAGUAAAAAAUAAACAAUACGGUUAUCAAAAGCUAAUGGGGAUCAGAGUAAAUGGCGCAAAAAAAAAAACAUAGAGGUCCGGCUCGUCUAAAUCUAGACAGUGAUUUGGUUAAAUUCAUGUGGUGUCAAAAGCACGAUAAUCCAUUUAUUGGCAUUUUAAAUUUCAUGGCUGAAAAUUUACCCCUCGAGUUAAUUAUUAAUUUCUAAUUUUGAAUUCUAUUCCUAGUUUUUAUAAUAGUUUUUGUAAUAAUUUUUAUUUCAUUUUUUUAAAUUACCCCAUGUAAAGGUAGCUGCUAUAACCAAAUUGUUUAUUUAUUACCGAACAGUUAUUUAGUUAGGUAGUCGCAAUAACCAAUAAGUACCCAAUAAAUAAUGUCUACUCUUUUGGGUUUAGAGAAUUCAAAUUACAAGUAGCUAUGCGAGAAACCUGUGUAAAAUUAUACAUAACUAAUAAUUAUUAACUAUGGUAUUUUUUAGAGUUAUAAUAAGGUAUGACUGUUUUUCAUUUUUAUUAGCAGUUCAGAGACCGGGCCCCACCGGUAAUUUUUUCAUCAUAUAUUUUCCCCAUAUUAUCAAGUUGUGCCUAUGGAACAGUAGUCCAUAUUUUAUUUACAUCAUAACUUUAUUAUGAGUAAAUGUACAUUAAAGUACCUAAUUAAGAUAUUGAGGCCGCAAAGUUUUGAAAUUGCCCGA